UCUCUCUCAACCAUGCAGUCGGAAUGGGCUGUAAUUGAUCGCUGGAUACGACGACUACUGUUUGACGCGCGGUAUUUCUGGUGGCUCGCGUCGAUAACCAUUCUAGGCGACCUUGCACUCAGCCAGCUCAUCAUCCGUUAUGUCUCGUACACAGAAAUUGAUUGGGAAACAUAUAUGGCUCAAGUUGAAGUAUAUAUCAAGGGUGAGCUGGACUACUCCAAAAUCACGGGUCCCACUGGGCCACUAGUCUACCCUGCUGGACAUUUGCGCAUCCACCAAAUGCUGUACUCACUGACUGACUCUGGGACGAACGUUUUUCUGGCUCAACAACUCUACUGCGCUCUCUAUAUCGCGACACUUGUGCUUUCUUGUGUCAUUUAUCGCCGGGCAGGUGGCAUACCCAAUUGGGUAGUGCUUUUGCUGCCGUUAAGCAAACGCCUGCAUUCUAUUUUCAUUCUCAGACUAUUCAACGACUGCUGGGCUGUUCUGUUCAUGCAAGCUGCGGUGGUGGCAUACCAAACCGAAUAUGAUGAUGUCGGGACUCUAUUUCUCAGUCUGGCCCUCUCUGUGAAAAUGUCGGUCCUUUUGUAUCUGCCUGCCAUUCUCGUUGUCUUCUACAAGCGAUUGGGGGUGUUGGGCAUGUUCCGUCACCUGAUCACCUUGGGAGCUUCGCACGCAUUGCUCGCCCUGCCGUUUCUUGAGGAAGACCCGUGGGCCUACCUCAACUCCGCGUUCGAAUUCUCGCGGGUUUUCCUGUACAAAUGGACAGUCAAUUGGCGCAUGCUGGAUGAACAGGUCUUCUUGAGCAAGUCGUGGGCAAAUGCCCUGCUUCUGGGUCAUCUCACCGUGCUCGUUGCGUUCGGCCUCUUCAAAUGGUGCAAAAACGACGGGGGAGUGUGGUUUUUGCUCAAACGGGGGUUUUCCGCCCCCGAUUCUCCUGGUAGUCCAAAUGCGGUGUCUGCGGACUUCAUCGCAACCACUCUUUUUACAUCCAAUAUAAUCGGUAUUUUAUGUGCCCGCUCAUUGCACUAUCAGUUCUACUCCUGGUAUGCGCAACAACUUCCCUUCAUUGCGUGGAGAACAAAAUACCCAGUCAUCAUCAAACUCGUGCUCUUAGCCGUGGUUGAGUAUGCGUGGAAUGUCUUCCCUUCGACAACCACCUCAUCGUCACUACUCCUCGUCGCAAACAUCGCACUGGUAGCAGGUAUCUGGAGCGGUUACCCCAACGGGAAACGAUAA